UGUAUGACGUUUAACGUUUGCUGUGGCGAGUGUUUAUACGAUGUUUUUCGAGGUUUGAAUCGACGAUAAUGCCUUAAAGAAGGCGGUUACUCUCGGAACCCCUGACGGCGCAUAAGCGUCCAUCCGCCCGUCAAAAUGCCGACGAUCAAAGACUCGUAUAUCGUGAAGAUCGCAGUGGAGAUGACCGACCAGGUUCCCCAACUGAUCGAGUUUAAUCAGAAGCAGCCGCUGGCUGGCAUCAUCCAAGAACUGUGCCACGGCUGGACGCUUACCGAACCCGAGCAGUACGCCCUCCAGUUUAACGAGUCGAACAACACGAACUACAUCACCGAAAAGAACCGGAAUGAAAUCAAGAAUGGAUCGGUGUUGAGGUUAAAUUUUUCAGCCUCGAAGACCGCGCAGGACAUCCUCCACAAACUGAACACGGGUAGCGUCGAGGAAAAAGCGUGGGCCAUGGAGAAACUGUCGGAACUGAGCGCCGACAUGACCUUCGCCUUGGAGUUUAUCAACAAACAGGGCUUGGCGCUGAUUAUCAAGCAGAUCGAGGGCGGCAAGUGCAAAGGCACGUUUCUCGCGCACACCCUCCUGUCUUUCGUCGAACUCAUGGAGCCCGGCAUCGUGUCCUGGGACAUUUUAACGUCGGAAUUCAUUGCGCGUGUCGCUACACUCGUCAAUUCGCAGCAUGACGCUCAGGUGUCCCAAGCUGCCCUCUCGAUACUGGAGAACGUCAUCUUGAACAGCACGGAAGGCUACAGUCAGGUCGAAAAGGACGUGACUAUCCAAAGCCUGCUGCCUCAUUUGCAGAGCACUUCCGUUGUGCAGCAAAACGCCGUGGCCCUAAUAAACGCGCUGCUACUCAAAGCGGACCAUGCCAAACGCAAAACCCUGGUGCAGAUCAUAACAUCGAAACCGGUUAGGUCGAUAAUCCAGACCAGUAUUCUGCACACGGGCAGCUCGAGCGGCGCGGAAAUGGCGCACCAGCUAUACGUGCUUCAGACCCUGAUGCUGGGCCUCCUCGAGCCGCGUAUGCUCGCUAAAAUGGACCCGCAGGAUCAGGAUGGACACGAAAAAAUCAAAGAGCUGCGGAAGAUCGCAUUUGACAGCGAGGGCGCCAGCCAGAUCCGCGGCCCGGCCGGUUUCACGCGCGACUACAAGAAGCUCGGCUUCAAGAACGACAUCAACCCCGCGUUGGACUUCACGGAGACGCCGCCCGGCCUGUUGGCGCUCGAUUGCAUGGUGUAUUUCGCGAGGAACCAUUCCGAGAACUACACCAAGCUGGUGCUCGAGAACAGUUGUCGGGCGGACGAGCACGAGUGCCCGUUCGGCAAGGCCAGCGUCGAAUUGGUCAAGAUCCUCUGCGAGAUAUUGAAAAUAGGCGAGAUGCCGUCGGAACAGUGCGCCAUGUACCAGCCGAUCUUCUUCACGCACGAUCACCCGUUCGAGGAGUGCUACUGCAUCUGCGUCGUGCUGCUGAACAAAACGUGGAAGGAGAUGCGCGCGACAGCCGAGGAUUUCGGCAAGGUCGCGUGCGUCGUCCGCGAGCAGAUCACGCGCGCGCUAGAGGUGUCCCCCGCCACCCUGGACCAGUUCCGGGCGAAGCUCCAGACCCUGACGUAUUCGGAGAUCACACAAUUGUGGCAGCUGGAGAGAAACACGCGUGAGGAGUGGGAGAGCCACGCCCGGCCCGUCGUCGAGCUGCGCGAGAUGAUCACGCCCGAGAUCAUGGGCCUGGUGCGGCAACAGCGUCUCAAUUUCUUGAUGGAAGGCACGCGGUUCACCAAGUAUUCGGCACGCGGGCAACGUAUCAAGGACAAGUUCUGGUUCAUGCGCCUCGCGCCCAACUGCAAGGUGCUCCACUACGGGGACUGCGACGAAAAGUCCGCUCCCUCUACCGACGAACUGCCGUGCAAGUUGCAAGUGAGCGACGUGCGCGCCCUCUUGAUAGGACGCGAUUGCCCGCACAUGCGCGGCAAGAAGGCGUCGCACACGCAACUCGCCUUUUCGCUCGCCCUCGAAGGCACGGACCUCCAAUCAUUGGAUUGCGUCGCUCCCGACGAACUGACGCUGGCCUACUGGACGGACGGCAUCAACGCGCUGCUCGGUCAGCGCAUGACCAGCAAGGAGACGGAGAAGGACCUGGACAUGCUGCUCGGCAUGGAGAUUAAGUUGAGGCUGCUCGACGCGGAAGGGGUGAGCAUACCGCAAGAGCCGCCCCCGAUACCGCCCGACCCGCCAGACUACCAUUUUUGUUACGACCUCAAGUAGAUUUGUCGCGACGGACCCAGAUCUGAUUUUUUUUUAAUGAAAUAUGUGUAUCGUGCAUGUCCUUUUUAUAUACAUUAUAUAUACUCGGAUUUAUAUCGACGUAGCGGUAGCUGGAAUUUUGUAACCUAACCAAAGUUCGCCAAUAAAAGUGUCUAAGAAU